AUCCAACAGGUUGCAGAUGACGUAAGUCACACAUCUUGUAUAUGGAAUACUUGUUUGUAUGGCAGAGCACCGAAAAGUUCACAAGCCAGAGAUCUUGACAGCGGAGUGGAGAUUGCCAUCGCUACUCCAGGAAGAUUGCUAGAUUUUCUUGACUCUGUCUGGACGAACUUGAAGAGGUGUACAUAUUUAGAGUUGGAUGAGGAGGCUGAUCGUAUAUAGGACAUGGGUUUUGAACGUCAAAUACAAAAAAUAAUUGAACAAAUUAGACCUGACAGGCAGACACUCAUGUGGUCUGUGACUUGAGUAAAGGAGGUUAACAAUUUAGCUGAAGAUUUUCUUAAAGACUACGCUCAGAUUAAUGUUAGAUCGUUUCAGUUGUCAGCUAAUCAAAAUAAUUUAAAAAUUAUUGACGUUUGCCAGGACUAUAAAAAAGAAGUAAAACUGAAUACGCUAUUGAAAAAAAAAAUGUGUGAAAGCAAAAAUAAAACGAUUGUAUUCAUUGUAACAAAACGUAGAGUAGACAAAAUAACGAGAACAAUGAAACGUGAAGAAUGGUCAACUGUAUGCAUUCAUGGUGAUAAAACUCAACAAGAACGUGAUUGGGUUUUACAAGACGUUGAAGGCGUGAAGUUAGUGAUAAACUUCAACUACCCAUCUUGUUCAGAAGAUUAUGUUCAUCGUAUCUGUCGUAGAGGCCGUCGUCAAAAAACCGAAACGGCUUAUACAUUUUUUACACCCAAUAACUCGAAUAAAUAUAAUGACCUAAUUCAAGUAUUAAAGGAGGCUAAUCAGGUUAUUAAUCCAAAACUAUUACAGCUUAUAGAUAGUCGCGCUGGAAUGUUUAGACAACAAAAAGUCUGAAUUAAUGCAGGUGGUAAAGAUCGCUGGCGUGGUGGUGGUCCUUGCACAGGGAAGGACCGAAGUUACUCCAGGAGUCGCAGCCGUAGUUUCAGUAAAGAUCGGAGCAACGGACGAGGACAAAGAAGUUACAGUCGCAGUUACUCGAGGAGCCAUAGUCCAGUGAAUAAUCGUUCAGGCAAGUCGUCGGCAAGACUCUGUCAAUAAAACCUCCUCUGCUUCAUACCGCACCACCGCCUCCUCUUCCAACUACCUUACCUCCACCUAUUAUCUUACCACCUCUGCCUUCUGAGCCGGAAGAACGAUCGUCGUGAAGCACGAUUCUUCACCAUCAUUGGCGAAAUUCGAUGGUACACCAUCUACUUCACACGAGAGCAGCGGGCCUGUCGGGGCCAACCAUAGCCUCAAGCUAUCAUCAUCGUCACGGUGAGGACGGAUCCUCACCUAACGUAAAUGUUAUAAUUUCGAUGCCUUCGAUAUCCGGUCCAGGCGGCGGCAGCUUAGGGGUUACCUACCUCUAUAUUUAUGUUUUUUUUAGCGUCAGUCUGGAUUUGACGGAUCAUACUGUGAUUACCGGUAUCACUUUUUAAAUCACACAUAACCUUUGUGAAAAUAUUUAAAAACAGCACUUUUGUAAACAACAUCCUUAUAUUUGUCAAUAAAACACUGAAUAUGAAUA